GGCGACGCGUGAAACACCGAAUCUUGAUCGGCACGGAUUUGUGAUGGAGGCGCUGAGUCACUGCCCAUCAUUUGACACGAGUGACCGCACGACUUCUGGUGUGCCCGCCUGCUCGAGCGCCUACUAUUAUGCGGGAUAUUAUAAAGCAUUCAUGACCUAUGUGCUACUGGAACUCGUUUCUUUACAGGGAUCUUUUACGUAUGGUUGAAAGUCUUCCUGUGUUCGACACUGCUGGAUAUAUCCUAUCGUCAGCACUCACGAUCGUGGUUUACGAUGUUGUCACCCAUCUGGAUGAGGAGAUCGAUUAUCUCGUGAGGUCAAGGUCUAUUUCCAUCAAAGGGAUAUUUAUCAUGUGCCGCUACCUUCCUAUCAUUAUUGGGGCUAUGCGAAUACCAAUUAAUGUUGUUGGGGUAAGCAUAGACGACGAGAUGCGGCUCACAUCGAUGUGCUCAAGCAUCUGGCUUUCUCUCGUGCAGAUGACUUGUGUCGAAUUUAUUUUCCUCCUGCGAACUUAUGCUCUAUGGGGCUGCAGUAAACGGGUUCUUUGUUUUCUCUUAGCUGUUUAUCUGGUUGCCUGCGUCACAGAUGUGACGUCCCUCCAACGAUACACUGAGUACCUCAUUGCCGAGGUAUCGUAUGGACUAACUAACCCAGACAUGUCGUGGCUCCUCGCGUGUUUUGUUGGUUUGAUUACCGUGGAGAUGGGAUUGUUUGGAAUGACCAUGUAUCGUGUUCUGAGUCAAUACCGCGCCACUUCGGGAAAGUUGCUCAAUAUGUUAGUGCGGCAUAAUAUCGUAUAUUUUGCAGCCAGCGUGGCUCUGAACGCCCUCAAUAUUGUGGGGAUGUUGCUUGCUCCGAUAGAGAGUAAAUGGCCUAUUGAUGUCAUGGAAAUAGUACAGAUUCUCUUCCAGGGGUUGCUUGCAACACGCAUGCAGCUCGACCUUUGGAAAAUCGACUGCCGAACAGUGGAAUCGACGAUGGUCACGAUAUCAAUGGAAGAAUUUGCAGUGAUGAGGCCCGAUUCUACAAUCAAUCAGAAUCCUCAUGUGGCAACUUCCAACUGCUAAAGCGACGAAACUCUAAUUAGCUAACUUCACGCCUAUUAUGUGCCAGACAUGUAUUACAGGG